CUCAUUUUUCUACUCUCUUGUGGGAAUGAGUUGCCAACCUUUUACUUCAGCUGACACCUUUAUACCUCUGAAUUCCGAGUCUUCUGCAACUCUGCCUCUGAUAAUGCAUCACAGCGCUGCUGAGUGCCUCCCGGUCUCCAACCACGCCACCAACGUGAUGUCUACAGCAACAGGACUUCAUUAUUCUGUUCCUUCCUGUCAUUAUGGAAACCAGCCAUCGACAUAUGGAGUGAUGGCAGGUAGCUUAACGCCUUGUCUUUACAAGUUUCCUGACCAUACCUUGAGUCAUGGCUUUCCUCCCAUGCACCAGCCUCUCUUGGCAGAAGACCCAACCGUCGCUGAUUUCAAGCAGGAACUCAGGCGGAAAAGUAAAUUGGUUGAAGAGCCGAUAGACAUGGAUUCUCCAGAAAUCCGAGAACUUGAGAAGUUUGCUAAUGAAUUUAAAGUGAGAAGAAUUAAGUUAGGAUACACCCAAACCAACGUUGGGGAAGCCCUGGCAGCAGUGCAUGGCUCCGAAUUCAGUCAAACGACUAUCUGCCGAUUUGAAAACCUGCAGCUCAGCUUUAAAAAUGCCUGCAAACUAAAAGCAAUAUUAUCGAAAUGGCUGGAGGAAGCAGAGCAAGUUGGAGCUUUAUACAAUGAAAAAGUGGGAGCAAAUGAAAGGAAAAGGAAGCGAAGAACAACUAUAAGUAUCGCUGCUAAAGAUGCACUGGAGAGACACUUUGGAGAACAGAAUAAACCUUCCUCUCAAGAGAUCAUGCGAAUGGCUGAAGAACUGAAUCUUGAGAAAGAAGUAGUAAGAGUUUGGUUUUGCAAUAGAAGGCAGAGAGAAAAACGGGUGAAAACAAGUCUGAAUCAGAGUUUAUUUACUAUUUCUAAGGAGCAUCUUGAAUGCAGAUAA